GCACCUCAUUUCCUUGUCCUGAAAAACCUAAGCUACUUGUUACCUGACUCACCUUUCUCUCUCUCACUCCCCUGAAAAUAUCAGUCACUGCGCCUUCUAACCUUCUUCGUGGAACCCCUCAACUUGGAGGUGAAAACGGUUCUUAUUUAUUCUUUUUUACUUUUCUACCAUAUCUUAUAUUUUAUAGCAUGAGGAGGGUUUGAGUAGUAACCAUUAAGUGUUGCAAGUUUGGUAAAAGCAAUGGAUUUGGUGGCACCCCAUGAACAGUUUUGCUCAUUUCACCACUUUAAUAGAGGUGGCGCAAGAACAUGCAGUUUCAAAGGUAGGGUUUUGGAUAACACUGUACCUCGGCCUUUCGUUCUAUCUGCUGAUAGUGUUAGUCAGUUUAGAAAACUGAAGGGCUCUAGGUCCAAAAAGUAUUUGGGCAAUCGCGUUUUUGCCGUUUCGAAGUUCGAAACUUCUGGUUUGAAUGGUAAUGGUAAAUUGCAACAUUUUGGAAGAACCCCAAACAGGGAUUGGAAUGGCAUGGAAUCGUCGACAAAUGGGGUCAACGAUUCCCGGAAUAUGGAUGAGUUUGAGAGUAAUUAUCAUCUCCGCAAGUUGGUUAGAAAUGGGCAAUUGGAGGAAGGGUUUAUGCUUCUGGAGCGCAUGAUUUACCUAGGUAAUAUCCCUGAUGUCAUUGCUUGCACCGGCUUGAUUCGCGGGUUUUGUAGGGCUGGCAUGACUAAGAAGGCAACAAGAAUCAUGGAGAUUUUGGAGGAUUCUGGUGCUGUUCCUGAUUUGAUAACUUACAAUGUUUUGAUUGGUGGUUAUUGCAAAUCAGGGGAGAUAAAUAAAGCAUUGGAGCUUUUGGAACGCAUGAGUGUUGCUCCAGAUGUUGUUACUUAUAAUACGAUUUUGCGUAGUUUGUGUGAUAGUGGGAAAUUGAACCAAGCGAUGGAAGUCCUUGACAGGCAGCUGCAAAGGGAGUGUUAUCCUGAUGUAAUUACUUACACUAUAUUGAUUGAAGCAACUUGUAAGGAAAGUGGAGUUGGUCAGGCAAUGAAGCUGUUAGAUGAGAUGAGGAGCAAAGGAUGCAAACCUGAUGUGGUUACUUUCAAUGUUCUUAUCAAUGGUAUUUGCAAGGAAGGUAGGUUGGAUGAAGCAAUUAAAUUUUUAAAUAACAUGCCAUCCUAUGGUUGUCAACCUAAUGUGAUUACCCAUAAUAUUAUUUUGCGAACCAUGUGUAGCACUGGAAGAUGGAUGGAUGCUGAGAAGCUACUAAGUGACAUGCUUCGUAAGGGUUGUUCCCCUAGUGUUGUUACUUUCAAUAUCUUGAUUAACUUCUUGUGCCGGAAAGGCUUACUGGGUAGAGCCAUCAAUAUCUUGGAGAAGAUGCCAAAGCACGGUUGUACUCCGAAUUCCUUGAGUUACAAUCCAUUGCUUCAUGGGUUUUGUCAAGAAAAAAAGAUGGAUAGAGCAAUUGAGUAUUUGGAAAUAAUGGUAUCUAGGGGUUGUUACCCGGAUAUAGUGACCUAUAAUACUUUGCUUACAGCACUAUGCAAAGAUGGGAAGGUGGAUGUUGCAGUUGAGAUACUGAAUCAACUAAAUAGCAAGGGCUGCUCUCCUGUUUUAAUUACUUAUAAUACAGUUAUUGCUGGGCUUUCAAAGACAGGAAAAACAGAGUGCGCUGUGGAACUCUUGGAAGAGAUGUGCAGAAAGGGUCUUAAACCUGAUAUAAUUACGUACUCUUCACUGCUUGGGGGACUUAGUCGUGAAGGAAAGGUUGAUGAGGCUCUCAAAAUUUUCCAUGACUUGGAAGGAUUAGGUAUUAGGCCCAAUGCUGUCGCUUACAACUCAAUCAUGUUCGGACUCUGUAAGUCUCAGCAAACUAGUCAUGCCAUUGAUUUUCUGGAUCAUAUGAUAGCAAAAGGAUGCAAACCUACUGAAGCUACUUAUACCAUUCUUAUAGAAGGCAUUGCUAAUGAAGGAUUAGCUGAGGAGGCUUUGGAUUUGUUGAAUGAGUUGUGCUCCAGAGGAUUUAUGAAGAAAAGUUCGGCUGAAAAGGUAGCAGUAAAGAUGUAGGAUAAAUUGCAUUUUUGCUUUAUACUCCUAGAUGAACCCAAAAUAACUAUUUUGGGAUAAAGGUGAUCUUAAUGAUGAUGACCCCUAGGUGGCUAUGUAAUAUUUGUGCACUUAAAUUUUGUUAGCCUCCUUAUGUUAGCGACUUCUUUUGGAUUUUAAAUUAUUAUUUUGAGGAGGAAAUGCUCGCCAAUUUUAUAAAAUUUAA